CAGAGAAGAGAUGCAGCUCGAGUUUGACUUGGGGGUCGAGAUGAGAACUGAAAAAGAAGCCGUGCGUUUUUGCCUAUAUAUAAGAAGAGAACAGACUAAAGUGGACAAGUUCAGAGUGAGGAUGGCGCAGGAGAACCAACACACGGAUGUUGUCCUGCCUGUCGCCGACCCAACUGAGGGUGGCAUUGUGGAUUCUGCCGGGCAGCGCCUGGAAUCGCAGAACGCUAGGCUGAAAAUCGACAUAGGCGAGAACAGGACCAUGGUCAUUGAGAUCACCCUUACAGGGAAGCAGUGCCUUGCGGGUGUCACGCCACCGGCGGUCGACGCAGCAGCAGCACAAGCAGCUGAAAACCAGGAGUACAUGGGCCAGAUGCGCGGAUGGCUGAUGACCGUGGGCACCCUGUUCAUCGGCAUGUCAUUUCAGGCGGCGAUGCGGCCGCCAAGCUGGAUGCCCAAGGAUUGGUACCGUGUGCUGAUAAAGACUGGUUCCAUCCGUAUUCCCUGGUCCCGUCUUUCUCCUGCAGAAAUGGCGGCGCCGGAUAACAUCUCCAAGGAACAAGCCAUUCAUGCCUUCAAGUACGUGGUCAUCAACACGACCACUUUCGCCAUAUCUCUGGCACUAGUGUCAGUGCUGGUGAUAAUGAAAAGGUCGCCACCGACACGUUUCAUAUCUAUGGUAAAGUUUAUGGUGGGGCUCCUCUGCUUCUUUGUCGCAUGGACCUUCGCCAUCGGUAACUCGUAUGAUCCAGCCGGUUCAUGGGUGGUCAUUGAAUUCCUCGUGUUGCAUGCCUUUGCGUUGGUUGCUGCCUUCUUGGGCGUGAUGUGGCUGCCCUAUGGCCAGCUCUUAAGCUUUUGCCGGAGCCGGCUGCCCGGAUAAGCUCUUGAGAGGCCACAACUAGUGAUAAUUUCGAAAGGCUUAUGAUAUGAGUGAUAACAGCUUAUUGAUUUUCAGUGAUGAUGAAUGUAAAGUCUAGGAUGAAACUGCUGGACUCAUGCCGUCGUUGUUAUGUUUGUUAGAUGAAAGUACUAGCAAUAACUUAAUAAAGAUAUCAUGUUAUGCUUGUUAGAUGAAGUACUAGCAACAACUUAAUAAAGAUAUGUUCUGUAGUGAACUAGUGAUUCCUCCUACAUCAAGAGGCUUAGCAAUGGCGGUGGGUUGGCAGAAUCAAGCCGCAUCGAGGUUGAAUAACAUGUUUGCUAUGUAGUUACCUGAUAAGGUUUGGUAAUUGAAGAAAACCAGCCUUUUAAUCUGAGAUGGUAAGAGUAAAGCUAAAGUGCAGUAAGGCAGUUGUCGAGAAGUUCACAGUGAUGUUUAGGAAACCGGUAGUCACCGGAUGCAUGAUCCCCGAUCGUGGCGUGAAUCGGCAAGUUGUACAUGGCGCUGUAACAAAACGAUCUGUGUAUUCCAUUCUCCCGAGUUAACUGUUGAUUCUUCAGGUUGGUUUUCAGGUUCGGAUCCUGACAGAAGCUCUCCAUUUGGCACGCCUGCUACAUACUCCAGUUUGUAAUCCCUGUGCCAUCCAUCGAGUAAUGCUACACCUACAAAGACUUACGUAAAGAUU